AUGGGGUACAACCUGUCUUAUGGAAAACUGCCAGACGAUCAUCUGAGCCACGACAACAGCACCUCACCCAACUCCACGGCGGGCUUACACGGGAACUCCACGCACAACGAAUUCACCACCAUCGUCCUGCCCGUGCUUUACCUCAUCAUCUUCCUGGCAAGCAUCCUCCUGAAUGGCCUAGCCGUGUGGAUUUUUUUCCACAUCAGAAAUAAAACAAGUUUUAUCUUUUACCUCAAAAACAUCGUGGUUGCAGACCUUCUCAUGACGCUGACGUUUCCGUUCAAGAUAAUCCAGGACUCACAGCUGGGACCGUGGCACUUCAACUCCUUCCUGUGCCGGUACACCACGGUCCUGUUCUACGCAAACAUGUACACCACCAUCGUCUUCCUUGGGCUCAUCAGCAUCGACCGCUACCUGAAGGUCGUGAAGCCUUUCGGAGACUCCAGGAUGUACAGCAUCACCUUCACUAAGGUCCUGUCCGCCUGCGUUUGGGUGGUAAUGGCGUUCCUCGCCUUGCCAAACCUGAUCCUGACCAACGGCUACCCCACGAGGAGGAACAUCGAUGACUGCCUGAAGCUGAAGUCCCCCCUGGGGGUCAAGUGGCACACGGCCGUCAUCUACAUCAACACCGGCACCUUCGUCGUGGUGCUGAUCGUACUGAUCGGAUGUUACAUUGCCAUCUCCAGGUACAUCUAUAAAUCGAGCAAACAGUUUAUUAGCUCCUCAAGCAGAAAGCGAAAGCACAACCAAAGCAUCAGGGUGGUUGUGGCUGUAUUUUUCACUUGCUUUCUGCCCUAUCACUUGUGCAGGAUACCCUUUACCUUUAGCCAUCUGGACAAAAUCUUAGAUGACUCUGCACAUAAAAUCUUGUAUUACUGUAAGGAAAUGACCUUGUUCCUGUCUGCAUGCAACGUCUGUCUGGAUCCAAUAAUUUACUUCUUCAUGUGUAGAUCAUUCUCACGAAGGCUGUUCAGAAAAUCAAACAUGCGAACGAGGAGCGAGAGCAUUAGAUCGCUCCAGAGUGUCAGGAGGUCAGAAGUGCGCAUAUACCAUGAAUACACCGACGUCUGAAGGCACCCAGAGACUUUUGCUGAUUUGUGAGAAUAUUUGUAUAUCAUGUAAAUAAAACACACCUUUGAGUA